AGAGAGAACGAGAGAGAAGAAGGAGAGACGGCAGAAAUAGUAAGAGAGAGACAGAACAGCCAAAACUGAAUCACAAUCACAAAGUGCAGAAUCUAGAACCUGCAGGGGAAUGCUCGAGUUAUAAACACUGCAAACAUAGUAACAAAAUAUACAGUAAGAGAACACGAGACGAUCUCCGAGCAGUGGGAAACAUGCCACCCAUUCCACCAGUAACUCAACCCAUCUGUUUAAUUGAGAAUGAUGUUGGUAAGAAAAUGCGAGUGAAUCCAGAGGCUCAGAAGAUCUUGGAGAAGAUCUCCCAUCCAUUGGUGUUGGUGUCCAUCGUAGGACCUUAUCGUUCCGGAAAGUCUUCUCUAAUAAACAUGUUAGCUGGAGAUCAAAGAGGUGGUUUUCCUGUGGGCCAUACAGUCGAGGCAAAGACUAGAGGAAUCUGGAUGCGAUGUGUCCCUCGCUCCGAUCAUACAUUAAUUUUAUUGGACACGGAGGGUCUUGGUGAUGUAAUGAAGGGCAGCCAACACAAUGACUUUGCUGUCCUCUCGCUGGCCAUGCUAAUCAGCAGUGUAAUGAUCUACAACGAAAAGACCACAAUCAACCAAGACGCCUUGGAGAAGUUAUACAAAAUGUCUGAACAGAGUGAGUGGAUCCUGGACAGAAAAGCUCGGGAAGAUGGAGAUGUGGGGGGCUGGGAGGAGAGCCCCCUCUUUAUCUGGGUUGUGCGAGAUUUUACCCUCAAGUUAGAGCUUGGUGCUGGACCAAUCAGUGAAGAUGAAUACCUGGAGAAUAGCUUAAAGGAUAUCACGCCAGAAAAAUCUCCAAACACGCAGUAUAAGAACGAGAUCAGACGGGCUCUCAGGGCUAUGUUCCCUGUUCGUAAAUGUUUCCAGUUUGGGGUUCCCACGUCGAGCACACAGUCUGUGGAGGAUAAGGGUAACCUACAGGAAGACUUUGUGAGGAAGAGUAAGGAACUCAGUCAAUACAUCCAUGAAAAUGCCAAGGUGAAAACAUUGCAAGGAGGACAACCCAUGACAGGACCCAUUCUGGGAAAACUGAUCCCUAAAUAUAUUGAUGUUGUAAGCACAAAUAAUAUCUCCAUUCUGGUGGAUCAGAUAAGUCACAUCUCAGUGGAACACAAUGAACAGAUCAUUGCAUCAGCUACCAAACUGUAUGAAGAUAAGAUGGGAUCUAAAUUUAUCAACACCGAAAGGGAAUUCCAAGACUUGCAUGAUGCUUGCAUGGACGAGGCUAUGCGUUACUUCCAGGGGUGUUAUUUUAAGGAUCCUAAUGAGGAAUGGACUAAAUCUGAGGACAAACUGAAGACCACCUUGAUGAAGAAGAAAGAUGAUGUGUGGAAGAUGUGGAAGGAUUCCUCGGAGAAGACUUGUAAAGACCUCAUCCAACGUUUGUCCGAGUCACUGAAGUUGAAGCCAGAUCAGCAACAUUACCAUGCUGCCGGGGGGCACCAAAAAUUUACCCGGGACAAGAAUAGAUUAGUGUCGGAAUAUAACAAGGAGGCUAAAAAAGGUGUAAUGGCAGAACACGUUCUCCAGGAUUAUUUGAAGGAAAUUGAACCAAUGGAAGAAAUUAUUAAACAGACCGAGAAAAAGUUAUCAGAGAAAAAGAACCAAGAAUAUAAAGUGGAUAAUAUGACUGACACCGGCCAGCUCUCCAGAUAUAUCAGUAAUUACCGGCUGGAGAACAGGAACUAUGACAGCAUUCUCAUACAAAUGAUUGGCUUUGUUGGUCAUGGGAAGUCAUCGCUUGUCAAUUCCUGUUUAUACGCAAUGAGUAGUAAGGGCUUCCAGGACCGGGCUGGAGAAGGUAGAACUAAUGAGGCUGAAACAAUGAUUAGAAAGGCGUACCCACUGACAGAGACCAUGGUUCUCGUGGACAACCCAGGCUUCACCAAGCUGGAUUCCUGUGAAAUUUUUGCUCAGCUCAAUAACUGUGUGGGAUUGAGCAAAGACAUGGUUUGGGGUGUAAAUGAAGGAUUGGAGCCAAUAACUGAACGGAAGGUUAACAAACCUGACAUUAUAGUGCCAGUCCUUAUACACAGUGCGAAAUAUUCUUUAAAUGAUCAGGAAUUUACCAGCAUGAAAGAACUUAUUACCAGCUCUCACAAACGGAGCAGGAUCAUGCCAUUCGUUGUUCUGACCAAUCGGCAGGAUGCAAAGUCUGAUGUUUUAAAGGAGUUAGAGGGGAAAUUUCACAAAAUGCACGUGGAACAGAUCCACGCAAUAGAAAAUUACACCCGGUCAGAUCACGUCGCCAUUCGAAAGCAACAUCUGGACAUCCUGACAUUUCUCUAUUAUGUUUUGCAAAACGUUGAUUUUAUUUUUUAGCAUUUCUUUUAAUUAAUUCUGAAUGACAUGGAGAUGUAAAGACAUUGUGCCGGAUAUUCCAUUUCCAGAAUUCUAAUGCCA